GCUCCCUCCCAGCUCUCGCAGCCUGCGCUCCAGCCCCUCUGCAGCCAUGAGGUCCUCCGUGUCUCAGCAGACGUAUUCCACCAAAGGGGGCUUCAGCUCCAACUCUGCCAGUGGAGGGGGCGGGUCCCGGGCCCACACUAGCUUCAGCUCGGUGACCGUGUCCCAGAGCAGUGGCAGCAGCGGGGGGGCCCCUUGUGGCCCCAGCGCAGGCGGCUUGGGCAGCCGGAGCCUCUAUAACUUGGGAGGCAGCAAGAGCAUCUCUGUCAGUGUGGCUGGAGGGGCCUCGUCCGGGCGGAACCUGGGGGGCUUUGGUCUUGGCAGGGGGGCCUACGUGGGUCUGGGGGCUGGCAGGCAGAUGUUCGGGCUGGCCUGUCCUCCUGGUGGCAUCCAGCAGGUCACGGUCAACCAGAGCCUGCUGACUCCCCUCAACGUAGAGAUUGACCCGGAGAUCCGGCAGGUGCGCACGCAGGAGCGGGAGCAGAUCAAGACCCUCAACGACAAGUUCGCCUCCUUCAUCGACAAGGUGCGGUUCCUGGAGCAGCAGAAUAAGGUGCUGGAGACCAAGUGGGUGCUGCUGCAGGAGCAGGGCCAGAAGUCGGGUGUCACUAGGAAAAAUCUGGAGCCCCUCUUCGAGAACUACAUCAGCAACCUGCGCAUGCAGCUGGACAGCCUCCAGAGUGAGCGGGGGAGGCUGGACUCUGAACUGAGGAACAUGCAGGACCUCGUUGAGGACUUCAAGAACAAGUACGAGGAUGAAAUCAACAAGCGGAAUGCCGCAGAGAAUGAGUUCGUGGUGCUCAAAAAGGACGUGGAUGCUGCGUUUAUGGGCCGAAUGGAUCUGCAUGGCAAAGUAGACGGGCUGACAGAUGAGAUCAACUUCCUGAGGCAUCUCUAUGAAGAGGAGUUGAGCCAAAUGCAGACGCAUGUGUCUGACACCAAUGUCAUCCUCUCCAUGGACAACAACCGCAACCUUGACCUGGACAGCAUCAUCGCUGAGGUUAAGGCCCAGUAUGAGCAGAUUGCCCAGAGAAGCAGGGCUGAGGCUGAGGCCUGGUACCAGAGCAAGUAUGAGGAGCUGCAGGUGACAGCUGGAAAGCAUGGGGACAACCUGCGGGACACCAAGAAUGAGAUCUCUGAGCUCACCCGCACUGUCCAGAGGCUGCAGGGGGAGGUGGAUGCAGCCAAGAAGCAGUGCCAGCACCUGCAGUCUGCCAUCGAGGAAGCGGAGCAGCGCGGGGACCUGGCAUUAAAGGAUGCUCAGAAGAAGCUUGGGGACCUGGACAUGGCCCUGCACCAGGCCAAGGAGGACCUGGCCCGGCUGCUGCGUGACUACCAGGCCCUCAUGAACGUCAAGCUGGCCCUGGACGUGGAGAUCGCCACCUACCGAAAGCUGCUGGAGAGUGAGGAGAGCAGGAUGUCUGGAGAAUGUCCCAGUGCUGUGAGCAUCUCGGUGACAGGCAACUCCACCACUGUGUACGGAGGCGGUGCAGCAGGCUUUGGAGGUGGCAUCUCCCUGGGUGGGAGUGGGGGGGCAAGCAAAGGUGGAUUUAGCACCAAUGUGGGCUACAGCACUGUCAAGGGAGGGCCUGUUUCUGGGAGCACCUCCAUUCUUCGGAAGACCACCACGGUGAAGACAUCCAGCCGGAGGUAUUAGCUGCUGUCUUGCAAGCCAGGGCCCCUGCAUUCUUCUCACUACUCCCUCAUCCCACCUCUGCUGCCCUCCCCACACACCUCCUUAGGAGGAGGAAUAGCCCCAGGACCCCAGACCCAGGGUAUUUGUGUGUGAUCUGCAUAUUCAGAAGGGCUCAAAUCUAUCCAUGUUUUCUCCUUGGUUCUGCAAUGGGAUGGGAAGGGAGGUUAAGGCCACCAGCUCGAGUGAUCUGUGUGGGUGAUUUGGGGUGAUUUUUUUGACUGCUGAGAAGAGGCUGGAUUUCCUAGGCCAUCCUGGCUUUUCUCACCUUUUCUGCUCCUCAUCUCUGAACUCAGUUCAGGUUGAGGGAGGAUGGAGGGAA